AUGACGAUGGCAAUGAAGUAAAAAAUAAGACAAAAACAUCUCAUUUAGUUAUUUAUUCGAUGGGGUAGAAAAGGUACGUAAAAAAGAAUCAAUAAAGUAAGAUAACACAGACAGAAGAUCUUAUUUGUUUGUUUAUUCAAUGGGGAAGAAAAAGCAGUUAACGAUAAAGUGGAAGGAAAAACGAACAACAAUGAAAUUGCAAAGGUAAAUGAAACAAUAUUACAUCGUAUUUGCAAGAGAGAGAGAGAGAGAGAGAGAGAGGACGCUUUCGUUUAUUAACGAAUAUACAGGGUGUCCAAUCGAGUAGAAGAACAUCCUAUGUAAAGUCAAAUCGAGGGGAGAAGAGAGAGUAAAAAGUUUUUCAUUAAAGCCUUCGCUGCCUUCGAGAAGAUUUAUCACGUACACUUGAAUUUAGCCAAAUUCUAAAAAAAAGAACUGUAAAAUAGAAUUCGUUUGCGAGGCGUCUUCGAGUUUGAAAAUUCGAUCAAGCACGUAAUUCUCAACGAAUAUAUAUUUUCUUGAAAAUCAGACCCCCCAACGAAAACAUUUCCAUGCUUUUCACUUUUUUUUUUUUUUUAAAGCUUUUGCAGAUGGAAUGUCUUCGUCUCUGUGCAGUAUACUCGAUCGAAAUUUUCGAAUUUCGAAUUUUAUCGAAAACGAAGCAUCUCAUUAAAAGACGUUUAUUCUUACACUUUUUAACGAAGAAAAUUCUAUUCUUCGAUGAAGGAAAUUUUGUCCUCUCUUUCGACUCGAAAUUGUACCACCAAUAUCGAGACACCCUGUAGAAUCAAACUGCUAAGGUUGGAUUUAUUUUUACGAAUGUUGGAUCUAAAGAGAGGAAAGUUACCUAAGAUUAUCUAAGAUAAAUUUAACUUAACGAAGGAAAGAAAGAAAAAUAUUGCGCGACAAAUUGUUGAAAUAUGCUUGAUAUUUUUUCAGGGUGAGGGGGCAUGUUGAUGUGCCGGCGGUUGCUGCUGAUCGCAGCCGCGAUCACGGCCUCGAUCGAGGCUGGCUCCGCUAGUUACCACCCUGGGAUCUCCUCAGAUUAUUCUGGAUACCCUGGCUUCCCGGUCUAUCCAGCUGUGACGUCGUCCGAGACUUCGUCGAGUGUGACUGUCACGCCGACAACGAGUCUCGAAAAUGUUUGCAGGCCAUCCGAGUACCAAUGUGGCACGGGGAGCUGCGUCGCCCAGGACAAAUACUGCGACGGUGAAAAUGACUGCGGCGACAACUCCGACGAGCCGAAAUAUUGCACC